CUCCUUCUCUGCGUCGUGCUUAGAGUUUUCUUCCUUGUUGUAGCUCUUCAAAUUAUCUUUCAUUUUAGGAGGAGAAAAUGUCUUGCUGUAGCGGGAGCUGUGGUUGUGGAGAUGGCUGCAACUGCAGCAGUGGAUGUGGAGGAUGCAACAUGUAUCCUGAGUCGGCUGAGAAGACCAUCACCUCUGAAAGCAUGGUCCUUGGGGUUGCACCUCUGAAGGGGCACUCUGAAGGGUUUGAGAUGGCUACUGGGUCCACGACCGAAGGUUGCAAGUGCGGAUCUAACUGCACCUGUGACCCCUGCAACUGCUAAUGACCCAGUGAGAAGCUUGCUUGCCUUAAAAAGAGAAUGAGUUCUAGGUUUGCAGAUAUGAUGGUGUGGUGUGUUUAGCUUUGUGUGAAGACUGGUAAGUUAAAUAAGAGGCCAUGGCUACAAAUUACAUGACGAGGUCCUCUCAGUAAUAGUUGUUGCUGUGGCCAUCUUGUGUUCGGAUUGCCAAGCUACUGUGUAUGAUGUGCUUGUUAUAUUUGAUGCUCUUGUUGAUCUGAGUGGAAAAGUUGGAUCCAUAAAAAUAAUAUUUGUGUACUGUCUGGAACUUGCCAUGUGAAAAUUUGGCUCUGCUUGUAUUGUACAAUAAGGUGGUCUAUGUUCUU